AUGCUUUCUCAUGUAUUACCUGAAACUGCUAUACUUGAUCUACCAGAAGAUCAGUAUUAUGUCUUAUCAACAAUCUCUUCAUAUCUUGACCCAAAUGAUGCAAUCGAUACAUUUCUCAACGCUACUAAUAUUGUCAGCUUUAGAGAAAAUGCUCAGCAAAUUAAUCGAAUGAUUUGUAACAUAUUAUCUGUUUCUGAAGGAAAAUUCUUUAUAUCACAAGCUGUAGAUUCAGUAAAUUUCACAUCAUGA